AUGGGGGUCUUCAGCCGCAAGAAGUCGAAGAAGAAGCAGCAGGCGCAGGCCGCCUCGCGGGCGCCUGUGCCUGCCGGCAGCGACUCUGACAUCUCCCUGAUGACAGACAGCGACCUGGAGGAGGAGCGAGCCGCGCUGCACGCUGAGCUGAACAAGCCGCGCCUCUCCGCCAGCGGGCUGCCUGCGGCGGCCGACCCGUUCGAGCAGGCAUCCCUCCUGCCCUCGCGCUCUCACCCUCCCCACCCCACACACGCCCAGCAGGUGGACCGCGACGAGCUGGAGCGCAUCGCUCUCAACAUCGCCCGCAACGCGCUGCCCGCCAGCGCCAGCGGCGAGGGCGCCGAGGCGGCGGCGCGCCUCAACGCCACCGCCGCCGCCGCGGAGAAGGCGGAGGUGCACGAUUCCACAGACCCGCUGGGCUACGGCCGCAUUGACACGCGCCUGCUGACGCUGGUUCGGGACGGGGGCCCCGGCGCGCGGCAGCCGCCCCGCUACAGCGCCGCCACCGCCGCGGGGCUGCUGGAUGCGGCGCGGCGCGGCGCGCUGGCGGGGCGCGGCCGCGGCGCCGGCGCCGGCGGCGAGCUGGCGGAGGCGCCGCCGGCGCUGCGGGCCAGGGUGCUGCCUGGCGGCGAGAACUUCGAUGCCGAGCUGUACCUGGGAACCAUACACAGGGACACCAGCCUGGCGGACCUGCAGCGCGGCCUGCUGGCGCUGCGCCAGCAGCUCAGCGAGCACACGGGGCAGCUCAAGUCUCUGGUGAAGGAGAACUUUGACCGCUUCACCUCCUCCAAAAACACGAUCGACACGGUGUAUGCCAAGCUGCAGCGGGCGGAGGCGGAGGGGGAGGCGGGGGUGCACGGCGCCAGCACGGGCGAGGUGCUAGAGGCGGUGCUGCAGGUGGUGGUGGUGGUGGUGGUGGUCCAGGUGGUGGCGGCGGUGCAGGUGCAGGUGCAGGUGGUGGUGGUGCAGGUGGUGGCGGUGGUGCAAGGCGAGGCGCGGCACGCCUUUGGGCCGCUGCUGGAGCGGGCUGCCAAGGCGGAGCGCAUCCGGCUGGUGCUGGGGGUGAUGCGGCGGUACGAGGCCAUCGUACAGCUGCCCUCGCGUGUGCGCCAGCAUGCAGAGGCGGGAGACUAUGAACAGGUGGUGGCCGACUACCGCAAGGCCAAGGCGCUGCUGGGGGAGCCGGAGGGCGCCUCCUCCUCACCUGCCUCCGCGCCGCCGGGUGCCCAGCAGCAGCCCGGGGGCGCCGCGGGCGGCGGCGGCGGCAGCAUGUGGGUCAAACUGAUGGAUGAGAUCGACAAGGUGGUCAGCUCCGUCGCCCACUCCCUAGAUACCGUGGUUCGCUCCGCAGCCAGCAGCCCAGGAGAGGCGGCCGACGCGGCGCGGCACAUCCUGCAGCUGAGGGCGGUGGGGGCGCCCGCGGCGCAGCGCAUGGACCCCGUGGGGCUGUAUGUGGAGUCUCAGGAGCGGCAUGUGCGGGCGAUGCUGGAGGGCGCGCAGCAGCAGCGCGACGCCCGCCUGGUCGCGCUGCGCCGCCAGCAGCAGGCCAGCGCAGACAGCGAGGCGCAGGCGGCGUCUCUGGCCGGCCUGGGCGUCGGCUCCGGCGGCGGCGCCUCCCCCGCCGCCUCGGCGCCCGCCUCUGCGGCCGCCACGCCACGCCCCCGCAGCGGCGAGGCGCUGGCCGGUGCCGUGGAGGCUGCUGCGGUGGGCUAUGUGGCGCGUAUCACUGCCGGCAUGUGCCAGUGGCUUCCAGAAUACUGGGCCCUCACGCAGCAUCGGCUGCCGGCGCUGGCGGCGAUCGGCGACGCGGCGGCGGCGGUGGAGCGCGGCAUGGCGGCGGCGGAGCGCAGCGUGGCGGCGCUGCUGUCGCUGUACCGCUCCGCGGUACUGGCGGUACUGUCCGACCCCGCCGCCGCGGGCCUCACCCACACCGGCCUGCUCAGCGUCGCCGCGGAGCUCGCCAACGGCUGCCAGGCGCUGCAGGCGCCCGCCGCGGGCGGCGCCGCGCCCGCUGCCGCCCCUCCAGCCGCCCUCGACUGCUUGCAGCGGCUGGCGGAGCGGGCCAUCCUCGCCAGCCUGGCGCAUCUCAGCGCCCACCUGGCGGCCGCCGUGGCGCAGCUGUGUGCAGCGGAAGACUUCAGGCUGACUCCCGCCAGCCGGCGCGCGGGCGCCCCCGCCACCGCCUCCCUGCCCGCCCUGCAGCGCCUGGUGCAGCACGGAAUGGCGCACCUGGCGGCAGCGCUUGCGGAGGGCGGCCGCGCGGGGGCUGACCCGCUGCGCCAGCUGGCGGCGCCGAGGCGCUGA